GCUGCAGUGUUCACUUUUCGGAGCCAUCCGAAAAAAUAUUCUUCGUUCCUGCAUUUUAUGUGCAUGUUAACCUGUACGCUUAUGCUUUUGUGUUUCUUUCGUCGUUGCUUGUUACCGUUUCAAGUAAUCAAUCAAAGUCUUGCUUUUUAAGAUUUUGACUUCUACCGACUUGAAAAAUGGCAACAAAAUCAUCCCCAUCUAUUCGUUUUACUAAUAUUCCAUCGCAUUAUGACAGGACUAAAUUGUACAAUAUUUUUUCUAAAUAUGGAAAAGUUAAAAAACUAUUUAUACAACCUGAGUAUGAGUAUGGCAAUGUAUAUUUGGAAACUGCUGAGAUUUGUGAGAAAACUUACAAGGACCUGAAAUCAAAUUGCGAAUUAAAUCUCACGUUAUUGCAACCACGUACAAAUUCUGAACAUAGUAAUGACAAUAGUAGUAACCACAACUCUAGUUCAUCUAGGGAGAAUGGACAUAAUGAUGUUGAUACAAGUGUUGUUAAAAAUUUUGUUGACGUGUUCGGAAGGCUGGUGACCACUUUACAAGAUGAUGAUGGAAAUUUAUAUGUAUCUUUAAAUGAACUAAAACGAUCCGGCUUUGAGUUAUUUGAAGUAGGAACAUUGCCAUCAAGAGAGGGAUCACAUAUUCAUAAUCAACAAAAGCUAGAGCAAUUUAAAAUAUAUAUGAAAUCUAAAGCUGCCGAAUUUAUGUCUCAGGUUCGUUACAGUAUUUCUACAGAAACUUUAGACGAAAUCAUAGAAAGUGAAAAGAAAAGUUUCUUUAGUGAUCGUGGUGGCACUAAUUCAACCACAAGACGGUCAUUCGAUAAUGCUGAACGUGAUAGAAGCAGAUCAAGACCACGGUUACAAUCAGGAAGAUCCAGUCAUAAUGAAACAGGAAAAUCGUAUUACAAUGAACAAAGAAAUACUGACAGUUUUCACUCAAGUAGGAAUGGUACUACGAAUUCUGACGGCAAUGAAAGAUACAGAAAUCAAAAUCGACGGUCAUUUUCGGAUAUAAAUCGGUCUGAUAACAAUUUAAAAGGAUUUGGAAUAAAACGAGAACAGCAUUACGACAAUGAAUCAAAUGUGAGCAGGAUAUCUGUGGAGAGUGAAAGAGUGAAUAAUAUCAAACCGUUGACGCAAAUGCCUAUAAGCUUAAAUAAGCCUCAGGAGGUUUCAGUUGUUUAUGUAGAGUCAAAUGAGAUUGUGUGGGUACAUCUAAGCAAAAAUAAGAGCAUUAUACAAACUAUAGUAAAAGAGACAAGGGAAGAAUGUGAAAACGCUUAUCCCAUUGAACCGUCACUAAAUAAUGUGUGUGGUGCUUUAUUAGGAGAUGUUUGGUCUAGGGCAGUUGUGUUAAACUGUUAUCCAACUAAAGUCCAAUAUAUCGAUGUGGGAAGGACAAGCGAAUAUUUAAAAGAAGUUUAUCCUAUCAGUAAUAAGUUGAGUUCCAUUCCAGCCCAAGCAAUUCGUGUUAAAAUUCAAUAUGAAGUGAAACUGACUAUUAAUAUGAACGUAAUCAUACUGGCUACAAAGCAGGAGGAUGAUGGAACAUACGUAGUUAAAGAUGUACAGCCAGAUACCCCCAAAUUAAGUACAAGCACACCUAUAAAGACUGAAAAUGUGAAUCCUCCCGCAGAAUUACGCAAACCUCACAUUGCAAGUCCCAUCCAACAGGUGGUUGACACGCCCGAAAAAAAGAUUAAAAGAAGUCUCGUCAUUGAAACAGUAUGCGAUGCGGGCGUAUUUCAAUUUUGUGAAACAACAAGCGAUCACACCUUCACAGGCUUUGCACUGCCCGAUGGAUUCGACAAAGAAUUUGAAACGCUAAGUGAAAUCGGUUUGAAUUCUGCAAAGAACCCAAAAUAUUUGCCUAAAAUUGGUGAUAUUGUUGGCGUUGAUCAUGACGGUGAUGUGGCACGUGGUUUAAUUUUAAGUAGGACACGAGAUCAGUACAGAUGUGCGCUAAUUGACUAUGGUAUUACCAGUGAAAAGUCUCAGGUUAGACAACUUCAGGAAAAAUACACAUUAUUACCUGAAUUUUCGUUUGAAUGCGAAGCGGAAAUGAACACCAUUAAAAAGUUACAACUAUACACAGGUGCCAUUAAACUAAGUAUAAAGUCUCCUUGCAAGAUUAGUUUGUGUUUGGAAUCUGGUGAAACGUAUGAAUUUAUCGGAAAACCUAUUCAUUCUCAACUAAAAGUGAAAGAAUCAAACAUAGCAGAUCCAAAAACAAUUCCGUCACCUAAAACAGAAGAGGCUCCCACUGAAGCGGCCUCAAGUGCCACUUCACAAGAAAAACCUGUGCACAAAGCGGAUGAGAUCAUCUUUACGCCACGAAAGUUGGUGAUAGAAGACUUGUGCGAUAGGGGUACAUUUGAUUUCAUUGAAAAGACUGGCGAUAACACUUUUACCUGUUUUGUUUGUCCCGAGAAGUACUUAAUGGAUUUAAAUUUACUGGACAUGAUCUACAAAGACACAAAGGUGGACAAAUCGUUCAAGCCAUGUGUUGGCGAUUUGGUUGCUGCCAAUGCUGCUGAUGAAGGGCUUGUUCGUGGUAUUGUGUUAAAUACAUUAAGUGACCAGUACGAGUGUGCCCUAAUUGACUAUGGUACAAUACAGAAAGUAGUUGAUGUGCGAGCUCUUCCAGAAAAAUAUAUGAAUAUUCCUGAAUUUGUUUGUGAAUGUAAAGUAGAUCCGGAAAUUAUCAAAGAUUUAGAAAAUGUGAAAAAUAGCUGCAUACAAAUAAAAUCGCCAUGCACGCUUACUAUAAAACCUAAUUCUGGAAAGGAAUUUGUUGCGAAAGGUUUCCAUUGGAACCCUCUUAAACAAAAACCAUCAGAAACAAAGCGUGAAUCGUUAGUACGACGGAUGUCAAUCGAUGAAACUACCUCCAAUGGCGUCUUCCAAUUUGCUGAAAGAAUUGAUGUAAACACAUUCCUUGGAUGUGUUAUUCCCAGUCACUUGCAAAAACUCAUAGAAGACCUUCAGGAAAUCGAUAAAGAUAGUCAAAAAAAUCCUCCAUUUAAUCCAAACAUAGGUGAUAUCGUAGCAGCCCCAAGUAUUUAUGGAUUUGCUCGCGCGCAAGUUAUCGAUUAUCUCAAUAAUCAAUUUACAUGUGCCUUUAUUGAUUACGGUUAUGUUAAACAAGUAGAGCAGGUACGAUGUCUCUCUGACAAAUAUACAAUGAUUCCCGAAUUUGCGUUUCAAUGUACUGCCGAUCCUAAAAUUAUUGAAGAUUUGCAAAACUUUUCAUGUCAGGCAUUGCAAAUUAAAGCGCCUGGCAUUUUAUCAGUUAAAUUGGAAAAUGGAGAACAACACGUUCUGGAAGGCUAUCGCUGGAAACCUACUAAAGCUCAUAUGAACACUUUUAAAACUAUUAAUAAAUGUGAAACAUACAAACGUCCGGGAAACGUGUCACUUAACGAUGGUGAUAAAGUUUUACUUGUAAGGACACUAGAUAAUGGUCUCCUUGUCCGUAAUCGAGAGUGCCAUAUAACAUUUACCGCUGUUACCCAAGAGCUGGCCAACUAUCAAGGAAAAUCUUACGAACAACCUCAAGUAGGUUGCCUAGCCGUUUGUAACUUCCAUGAUAACCAGUUAUACAGAGUAGUGAUUAAUAAAAUAGAUGGCGCAACUGCGACUCUCGAUUACAUCGACUAUGGUAAUGUUGACACAUCUCCCGUAAGUGAUUUAAAAACAAUUAACGAAAAACUGGCCACAAUGAAUAACACACUUGCAAAUAUACAUUUAAAAGGCUUUGUUAAGCAGAAGUUUAACACGGAAAUGCUAACCUUCCUGGCCAAUUGUAGUGACCGAAGAGAAAAGUUUAAUGCUUGUAAAAUUCCCGGAGAAGAAUUUUAUGAUUUGAUAGGAGCAGACGGUGUCAGUUUAACAGAAAAGUUAAACAAAUUACAGAAAAAUCAAAUGGAAGACAGAUCUACGACGCCCAAAUCACAAACUCAAAAAAAAACGGUAACUCCAAAAUCGCAAGAAAAAAGUAAAUCUGUGUCAUUCAAUUUGGAAGAAUCUACAACGCCCACAUCACAGAGAGUGAAAGAUUCUGUAUGUCGAUUAGAAGAUGUUGUUAAGUUCGAUGUCAAGCCUGGUGACCUUAAACUGUUGUGCACGUAUGUGGGUCAUUUAAACGAGGGACUUGUUUCGUUCUGUAAAGCAGAUGAAGAGACUAAUAUGCUUUUGGAUUUUGUUACCGAAACUGUAACAAAAUGCAUGGAAACGGAUACUUGUGUUUCAUAUAGUCCAUCUCUUGGUGAAGUAUGCUUGGCUAAAUUUGAAGGUGAUUGGUUUCGAGCAGCUGUUGUGAAAAUUGUUGACAACAAAUUCAGAGUUUAUUUUGUUGAUUAUGGAAAUCAUCACGUUGCCUGCAUCUCUGAUCUUCGAAAACUUCCUCCAGAAUUGUCUAAAGCAAAAGCACUUGCAAUGAUGUGCAAACUUGAUGGUAUAAUGAAAGAUAAUGCACAAACAGUAAAUGAUCGGUUAUUAAGCCGCCUCAAGGAUGACAUUGUCGAAUCUGAGAUAUAUCAUGCUACUAUUUCGUCAGUAUCUGAUAAUUUGUACUACCUUAUCAUUCCUUCACUAAUGAAACAAUGGAAGGCUGAUGGACUUGUAUAACUUGUUUUCUGUAUCGUUUUAUUAUUUGUAUCUCUGAGGAGGUUCACUUUAUUUUAAUUAAGUACAUACCAAAAGUUAAGUUCAUGUUUUAGAAUUAACCUAUUGUGUUAUUGUAUUAUUUUUGUUACUACUUUCCCCAUUGUCCAUUUUGUAAAUUUUACCAUACAAUAUGACUUCAAAAUUUACUAUGAGAAUUUAUGUUGAGAAUUGGAAAAUAAAGUUUCAACAUUAUUGCAAAACAUAAAAUUGUUGGUAUUACUGCUAGUACUGUAUUGCUAAAUAAUUACUUUUGCAGAGAUUGUAAAAAAGGUACUGUAAAAUAUUUAUGUAUCUAUAGUUUAUAUCCCCUGAAUUAUAUUUGCAAUGUCUUAAUGAAGUACCGAUGAACCGAUCGCGACGAAAUUUUGCAGGUGAAUUCUUUAUCAAAUUUGUAGAUCGGAGUUCAUGAAUUGGCAAUGUAAGCCAAAAACUAAGGAAGUCUAGCCAUAUAAUAUGCAAUGACAAA